GAGAGAGGUGGGCUGGGUGAGAGAGAGGAGUGCGCUGGGAAAGCGUGGGGCGAGUAUUGAGAAUCUUCUCCGCCACUCUUCCCUCCCUGCCGUGCUCCAGCAGCACACGCAGCGCGCGCCUAGAGGACCUCACAAGCUAACAGUACACACACACAGCCUAUACUCAUUACAGCUGAUACACCAACAGGCUAUUGUAGGUUUACGCCUAUUGUUAUCAUCAUCAGUAUCAUUAGAAUUUGCAGCUGUACAAUAAAGAAUGGCUCAGAGUGCGGCUGCGGUGACCAACAUCUGACGGUGAAGCGCGCGGGUCACGCCGCUGCCCUCCUUCUCCGUCAUCCUUCGGCAGCGACUCCUCCAGGCGACUCGUGACGCCGACCCCCUACUCAGCGUCCUCGAUUCCAACGUUGCCAUCGCUGCUGACCAACUUCCCGCCGCCAUACGCCAGAAGAACGCGGCUGUAGUAUGCGAGCGCGGCCAGGCUGGGUGGCGGGUAAUGCCGACGCUGGACGCAACCAAUCACCCCCGCACACCCGCCCCGCUUAGAACGCAUGCAUCCGUGCGUCGACAGUUACAAUAAUCAAGCGAGAGGAAUAUUUUCUGCAAGUUCGUGGCGACGUGAGAGAGGCUCGUAUCGAUGAACAGUGGAGAUCAUCGCGGUUGCUGAUUGUGCAGCCAAUGCACCGGAGACUCCACGGGCCGAAUAAGAGGGCAGCGAUUGGACAGGGUUCACGCGGACACCACGUGCUGUGGCUUGAAUAUCACCACCACCAUCACUGCGACCGCUUUAUCGCAGCCCGAGCGCUUCAGGGCCGCGAAACGUGAAUUUACUCAACAAAGCCAUGUGGAUGCACGGCCUUCCAACUGCUCCUGCACCCCUUCCUCCAACUCCUCCUCCUACUCCACCUCCUGCUACUGCGAUCACUGCGACUGCAGGAGCUCCAGCCGAGUGGCUCCCGCACGCAGCGUCCGCCGCCGCGAACUGAACCCUGUGCGCGUGUUAAAGGGCCACCACCACCACCGCCACUGAAGGCAAAGAUCCCCCAUAUAGCCCAUUCAGGCUGUCGGGGCAAGUGCUGUUUGCGAGCACCAUCAGGACUAUCAAGCACCACAACCGCCACCACCUCCACCUCGAGCAGUGCCGCGUCCCGUCUCGGCGCGCACGCCGCGGCAGCGAUGCUCACGUGCGUGGCCUGCUUCUGGUGCCUGCUGUCGCUCGCCCUGCUCGCAGCCUGCAGCCUGGGUCUCGUCUCCCCCGCCUGGCUCGCCCGGACCGCGGCCAGUGCCGCCAGCGGUGGUGGCAGCGGUGGUGUGGCCGGGGUCGGGGGAGCCGGCAUGGUCAGCCUCGGUCUCUUCGGCUACUGCGGAGGGGGGCCGACCCCCGGCUCCGUGCCCCUGGGAGGCCCCGCGGGAGGAGGAGGCUCGGGGCCGGGGCAGGUGGCGACGCACGCGUGCAGCACGUACGGAGGCAGGGGACGCUUCGGGGACAUCCCCUCGGCGGCGUGGCAGGUGAGCGUGGUGCUGUGUGGGGGCGGCUGCUCCCUUCUGGCCGUCAGCUCGCUGCUGGCCGUGCUCUGCCUCGUGCUGCCCGAGGGAGAGGGCGAGCGGCGCGCGUGCACGCUCGCGGGGUGCGCGCAGUCGGCCGCAGUGAUAAUCAUGGGGGCUGGCCUGCUCGUGUUUCCGCUGGGCUUGGGCUGCCCGUUUGCCCGGCAGCAGUGCGGAGACUCGGCGCCGUUCUGGGCUGGCGACUGCCAGCUCGCGUGGGGCUACACGCUUGCCAUCGUUGGCGUGCUCCUGGCGGCCUUCCUACCUUACUUCGCCCGCUAUGUGCCCCGGGACCCGUCCCCUUACCCAACACCCAUACCCACCAGUCUGUGAGAUGCAAGCACACGGAUUACGUGCCCAUGAAUGGAACCCCAGGAUGAUCACCCGCACACACAGCGAUCACCCCGUGUAGCCCACGCAGACUCUUGUUGGAGCCAGUGCUGUUAGAGAGAAGGAAUGAAGGCAGGCGAGUCACGAAAGGAGGUGAUGUGGCCAGAACGACGCCCGACCGCCACUUCAGACAUUCGUCACUGAUGUUGGCCGUGAACAGGACUGAACUUGGGUCGCAGUGCAGUGUGCCAUCCAAUUCACUACCGCACUCCACACAUACACAACAGCCAUCAUUCACCACUAAGUGGCGGUGACAUCAUCACUGCUUGUACCAGGCUAGGUGAACUUUGAGGCCACGCAAAGGGUCAAGUGUUGAAGGCUCGCUGACAACAGUUCACGGGACAGACCCAGGUGCCAUGGGUUAACUGACUGAGAUGACUGGCAGAUGCACUGCCUGCGCUCUCGAUCGUGACACAGUUGGCACACAUAUACAAACACAUACAUACGUAUACAACAUGUACCCGCAUGUUGUAUAUGCGGGUGGUAGUGUGAUGCAAAAUGAGAGAAAUAUUAACUCAUGGCAAGCACAAAUCUCAAACAUGGUCCAUAUCACAUCAAUCAGUAUGGCUCACAUUUAUGUACAAAAAAAAUUACAGCUCUUUCUUGAUAUCCUGUAACCAUGCUCAACGUACAUUACAGCUGUUUCAAUUUGAUAACGGUUUAAUACCAUGGAUGCUGACGCUUUUACAAAAAAAAAAACUUCCGACUACGUCUACAUAAGACAAGUACACAACACGGUUAGGUUACAUGUCAAAACGAGAUCAAUGCAUCCGUCUGUGUGUAGGGGUGAAGAUAGCUGAUUACAAAAGCUGCAAAAAAGGGACAUCUAAAUGGCUGCGCGGAAUUGAUUGCACACGCGCCCUGCCGCCUUUUGAAGAGACACAAUCAAAAACUGCCGUACGUGGAGUGAGCAUUCAAUUGUUACUAUCCUGCCACAAAGCUCGCCGGCUAACACGAGCAACGGACUCUUAACAACUGCGCUCUAAUAAUGGCAAAUGUUGCGAGCUUUAAGGUGAAUGAGCAAUAACGCAACAUGUCAUAAAAAAACAUCCACACAAUGACAACGCAGCGAUGGACCCCAGCAGGUUUCGACAGGGAAGUCUGCGAUUCUUGACGAAGGAUUAUAACGUAGAGCAAGACAUACACUGUACAUGUGUGUGUGUGCCAUUUAUUCAUUAUCUGUUUUGUCAAGAUUGCUCAGCUGCGAUACAUCUCAUUUUCACCUGCGGCCCUGUUGAUGGCAAAGGGUCGUGUAAUGUUACGCAGGGCAGGCAGUCCGUAUUUGUCGGUGCGCAAGACAAGCUGUUAACACAGCUGAUGUGCCAUAUCAGUAAAUAUAACAUUACACAAAAGGUAUUUACAUAAAAAAAGUAUUUCCAGAUGCAAAACACUUCAGGUCACUAGAGCAAUAUAAUUCAUUGUACAUGGGAAAUGGCAUGUUUAAUCACCAAGAUAUAUCAAAAUUACUAUUUAAAAUAAACAGCGUUACCUUAUCUGACAGUAUAGAGAUACACUGAACAGCCAGGUUUUUUGUUUGAACUCCAAUGUCAUUCUAUGCCACUUAAAAUGAACAGACAAAAAAAGGGUUUAUGAAAAAAAAAGUUGCCAUCCAUCAACAUAAUAUGAAAGGUCGCCAAUUUGAAUAUCCGCCGUACCGGAACAAAUGAGGCAUGGGUAGGGAGAAGUCACUACGUAAUCGCUCACGUGACAUUCAAAAGCAGAUACACACAAGAGUCUCGAAGACGUCAAAAAAAUGUGACUCGCAGCAAUGCUGUAAGCACGUGACAUUCUGACACUCGAACAGCGAGCAGGUCCUUCAACAAGCUUCCAUUCCAACCCACACGUGGAUACGAAACAGACUGCCCUCGCACGUUGAACCAUUGAACGCUGAGUGUUUCGAGGAGUCUGGGUAACAACUUUUAUCUUACGAUAAAAAUAACAGUUUAAGGCUGUUUACCACAGAUUAAUACAAAUUUACCAUUUUAGUCAAACUUGAUUUUUUUUAUUUUCCACAACGGUUUGUCUUCUUGUAAAAUUUGCAUGGUGUAUUAACAUUAUUGUGAAAAAUUACACGACAAUUUAUUCUUACCCCUAUCAACUCAGUAACGUGAUCUGCGUAUUUGUUUAAAAUCACUAUUGUACGAUUGGGCCUAAUGAACUUUUCCCAGGUAUUACUGAACUUAGAAAAGAGUGCCGUGUUUGUAAUGUGAAUCGCUGCACAGUUAGUUUUUAUUGGCGUCGUAACAAUUUAUCAAUUAGGGUGAAGUUUCAUUAUUUUUUAUGAGCAAUUUGAAAUUCAAGUUUCAUUAUUCGUUCGUCACAUGCAAAAUAGGAUUUUUAAUGCAUGCAACGUGCUAUAUUUGACACUAUACAAACGCAAUCCUAGUCAUGUCUCUUGGAUUAAGAAAACCCCGUUAAAUUCACAUGUUCUCAAAAUCUGAAAUUUGAUGGCCGUGCAGACUGUGUCACUGUUAAUGUACAGUUUAUUGCGUCGCUGAAUUUCAACAAAAAUGGAGGGGUUAUAUUUUUAAGAAUAUUUGUUAAGAUGAAAGAUCAAAGGAAACUUUGGAAAGUGAUAUUCUGACUUAAGGGAGCUUCCGAGUCUGACUACUGAACUAAAUGGUUGUGGUACUACAAGUGGAGAUUUAAUUUUUAAAGAAUGUCGACGUGAAAUUUUCAUUUUAAUUCUACUGCUACCGGUUAUAAAAAAUGAUAUAAACAAAUGUGCAGUAUAUUUCUUUCACCGCAUUAUUACUUUGUAGUUAUAAGCCAUUUCCAUGCACAUGCCCUCAAACAAUUCUGCAAAAAAACUUUUUUGGGAAUUUUUUUUUUUACAAUGUAUUUAAACAUCGUUGCAAUGAACUUAUUGAUGGGUUAAUUACUUUUUAACAGUUUUGUUUGAUACGUAAUUAUGACUGUGUGCACACCAUAACGGAAUGAAACGGCAUGUGGGGAUGAAUUGGGAUGAGUAAUGAAUAUGUUCACACUUAGAAUUCUAAAUCUCUGUUUGUAGUAAUGAAGAAGGUGCUUUACAGUUCUGUAAUGGUAUAACCUUAAAAAUGAGGACCACAAAAAUUAAAUGCAUUAAUCUAACUCACAUUUAUGUGCUGUGUAUUAGAAUGAGAUCCAUUAGUAUGUUAAUUAAACGUGCACUGUAGGCUCAUUUGGGUCAGUCACGAUCCAAUUUAUUUUACAAUAACAUGUCGUAUGGUGACUUUACCUGGUGUAUAACUUUGGCAUGUCAAUUUCACUAAAUCCCCUGAAAACAAACAUGUUACCCUUGUCUGUAUUUUAAUGUGUGUAGAACUGCCUUCCUCAAAUCGAGAAUUGCUAUCCCUGGAAUUUUAUUCAUGCAGAUGCUACGAAAUUAUGUUCCAUGAUUAUGGAUAUUUAUAUGGAAAUUGAAUUGUGAGUGAAAUAUUGUUAAUACAGAUGA